UAUUCCCUCAUUACCAAAUUAAAAUAAAUUGCGAGGCAAGUUUGUUCGACCAAUUAAAGCAUAUAUAUAGUGCACAAACAACCAUAAUUUGCCAUAACAAUAUCUCAAUAUGAAAUUUCCAAGCGUUGCAAAUAUAUCACAAAGUGCUUGACAAAACAACUUAUUCUCUUUUCCAUUGCAUAAAGCGUUUAGAUGAAUUGCCAUUCGCAGAGUUGCCAUAAAAUAGUUGUAUAAAUAUAUAGUUGUAUAAGUAUGCUCGUUUUAUUGGCCUCACUAUAACAGAUGAAAACAAUAGUCACACCACGAACAUUAAGAUCAAUGACUUGAAAUGAACGAUGGGCUCUGAAUAUUCAGUUCUUGUGAUUCUCGCAAUCUUAUCAUUUGCAUGGUGUAUAGAUAUAUAUUCUGGAAACGAAAUAGAUAUGGAACGUUUGCAAGGAGUUUGGUUUCUCACUUUUGGUGUAGACUACUGGUCUUGGAACGUAUUAUGGAAAUGCCAUAUUAUUGCACCUUUCAACGUGACUGAGAAUACGAUGAAUUUCUACACCUACAAUGUUCCUUGGGACAAAUCAGAGUUACCGAAUAUGGUUACUGAAGAAAUAAGGCGCGAUUCUUUGGGUCAAUAUUGGAUGCAUCCUCUUACGCACGGGAAAUGGCAUGAGUUAGAAACAAAGCUAUAUCUAGAGCAACCACCGGUUGACACAAAGAUAAAACCUUCCUCACAUGAUGAACCCUGGUUCGAUUCUCAACCCCACUUUUUUUCAACUGACUAUAACACUUUCUACAGUCAUCUGACAUUGUUGAAUGAUGGUCAGAAGCUGUUUCAAUUUUAUACCAGGACACCCAGGAUAAAUCAAAAAGAUAUGUCUAAAUUCACAGCUAUUGCAGUUGAUCACGGAAUCGAUCCAUCCACAUUGACAACAUUUGGAUGUUCCGACCUGAUCCCGUCAGAUUAUUUAUUAGAUUAACGGAAGUUUAUUAUAACAUUAAUCGGGACUAAAAAUAGUCAUUUAUUAACCAAAAUUUUUCGGUAAAAUUAUCGAUUGAAUCAUUAUUAUUUUAAGAAAGUAAAUUAUUUGACUAUGUUUGGAACUCAAUGCCACUAAUUAAUAUUACAAACACGAUGAUGUUAGAUUUAUGUGAGUGAGGUGAUCCAUACUGAACUGACCGAAUUUUACCUGUCCUUCCCUGUUUGCCUUGUUUGAAAUGAUUUGUAUCGUAUUUUAAUUUUUGAAUCAAUGUAGGUAAUGCUCAAUACGGCUCGCCUGCUUCAAACUUUGUACAGCAGUAGCGUGUCUUGUAUCUCUUAAAUAUCCCAGGUUAGUAAAUUCAAGGUAGCGAAGAGCCUUCUUGUUUGAACUCAAAUUGGUAAAUACAGUUACAAGCUCUUCGCUUGUCAAAACGCUGCGGCAAGAAACCGAUUCCAUAAAUUACUUUAAUCCAGAUGUUAACUGAAAUUCACUUUUGUACGGUACGGUAACUUACCAGCAUGCUUGACCACGGAAAGUGAUCACGUGAUUAAUAUGUGUUCGGGGAAUCGCCACGUGGUAGCAAAUUUUGAUGACGUCAUAGCUCACAGAAAAAAAACGAAUACCAUAAAGCUUACAGAAAUAUUUGAAAUUAAUAAAAGUA